AAUGAGUAAUCAUCCUGCCUCUACAAGACCUCCCUAAAAAGCUUAACCAGUUGCUCCAUAACAUCCUAUUGCUCCAUCACAUCCUAUUGCUUACUCACCUCCUAGAACUUAUGCUCAACCAGUUGGAUUUGCAAGUCCUUCAUAUUUACCUGUCUAAUAAUCUUUUGUUGGUUCUCCUGUUCAAUACGUCCCAUAAUAAGUAGCUGUUCAACCUGUUGCUGUUUAACCUGUUUCUGUUCAACCAGUUUAAUAGGUCAUUAAAGGUGAAAGCAGAAUUGAGUAGAAAUCUAAAUUCAAUUUAUUUUUAGAUAUAUCCCUUAUGAAAAAUCAGUUAUUGAAUAUGAAGAAGUCAGAUAAAGAAUCUAAGUUCCAAGGGAAAAAUAUGUAACAGAAUAUUAAGCCAUCGAAUAUUAAACUGAAUAUAUCCCAUAAGUUUUCUAUGAUAAAGUUACAGGUUGUUAAUUAAUUAUAAUAAUUAGAAUACGUUCCUGUAGAUAGAUUUUAAGAUAGAGUUGAAUAUUAUCCAGUUGAAAGACAAGUUGUUCAUCAACCAGUUUAAUAAGUAGUAGCAUAACCUGUUGUUUAAUCUGUGGUUUAAUAAGUUCCUUAAUAUGUUGCUCCAAUCUAAUCAGUUGUUUAACCAGUUUAUUAACAACCUCAAAUUUAAUAUGCUUCUUAUGUUUAACCUAAUUUUGCACCUUCCAGAAUUGCUCCUGUCUCCUAUGCUCCUCCAUAAUAAUAUGGCCCUCCAGUAUCUCAACCAAGACGAAAUGUAAAAUUCAUAUUUAAAAUCAUUAGUCCCCUCCAGCAAAACCAUUACCAGCCUAAAAGCCACAACCAUAAAAAGAAAAAAAAUCCUUUUUAGACAAUAUCUUUAGUUGAUA